CGAAUUUUUGAAGCGCAAAGAAAAUUCAGACAGACAGAGAACCUAAAAAAAUUCUUGAAUCUACAAGAGAGGGAAAGGGGGAGACAACCCACGACUCCUUGCCAGUAGAAUAAUCAAAAUCUAGUGCAAAGAAUCAAUCUUGAAGCUCAGGCAUCAUGCCUUCAGGUGCUAAGAAGCGAAAAGCUGCCAAGAAAAAGAAGGGAUUGCAAGUUCAGGGGGCGCCCCACCUACCCAACUCUACGCUUCCUCACUCCAAUGGGGAAGAGGAUUUGGAGCAUCACAAUGACAAGGACAGUGAUGGAGGGGAUGUUAGUUCCCCUGCAUCUCAAGAUAACCAUAACUUCCAUGAAUUAAUCGAUCGGGAGGAGGAAGAGGUUGACAAGGAGGAUGGUUCACUUGAUCAGUCAUUAAUUCACGAGCACAAAUCUGAUGAGAUGACAAAUGGAGGCGGAGAAAUGGAGAAGGGAACUAUGGAAGAGGAGAGUGGUAUUCACGUUGAAGAGGUUGAUAAGCAGGAGGAUGGGUCGCUUGAUCAGUCAUCAAUUCACGAGCACAAAUCUGACGGGAUGACAAAUGGAGGUGAAGAAAUGGAGAAAGGAACUAUAGAAGAGGAGAGUGCUCUUCACCUCGAAAGGGAAUUCGAGGUCGAGGAUGUACCCCAGAGCAAGGAUAUAAGCAUCGAGUGCACUGAAGCCCCAAAAGAAUCUAACGAAGGAAGCUUAUUCAGCAGCUUGAGUAGCAGCAGCGACUCAGAAGAUGGAUCCACUGCUGCCCGUAAGAAUAAAAUUGUUGUAGAUGACACUCCUGCUGUUGAUUUAGUGAAAGAAGUUGAUUCUUUAUCUGCCGGUAAAGUCAAUGAUGUGGGAACAGUAUUUACUUCCGACUUGGACAAGGCUGCAAUGUCUGAGAACGAAGUGCAAGUUGAAAAGUGUGUUUUUGAUGGAUCAGGACUGAAGGAAAACGAGGAUAAAAAAAUGGGCGUAGUUGAGGAGAAUGCUUCUGUAUCAGAAGGUGUAGCGAAAAUGGACUUGGGGAAAAUGGAGGAUGAAGCUGUUCAGACAUCCCAUGACAAUGAUGCAGAAGCAUUAGAUGCAGCACACUUUGCAACUCGAGUAAAUGGAGAGAAAGUAACUCAGUUACAUGAUGUUCCCAAAGUUUGUGCUAGUAUUGGAGACGAGGGAGUAGGGGAAAAAGCGGAUGAAGCUAUUCAGAUAUCCCGUGAUAAUGAUGUGAAAGCAUCAGAACCAAAGGACUAUGCUACUAUGGAAAAGAGCGAUACGCUUACUCUAUCUUACAAUGCCCCCAUAAUUGAUGAAAGCAUUGGAGAUGACCCUGUUAAAGAUUCUGAGCUUUCUGAGUGCUCUUAUAAUCAGCAUCAAGCUGGUUCAGCUCUACGAUCAGUGCAAACAACAUCUUGGAAGGGUUGCUGUGGCCUGUUUGAGUUAUUCACAGGAUCCAAUAGAUAACUUCAGGAGAACAUGGAACGAGCCAAGUAGAUGUGCCGGAGAAGCAUGCAGGGAUUUGAUGGUUCUCUUCGUAAAUCGUAAGCUUGAUUCUUGUUGUUAAUGUCUAGAAUACUGUUGGAAGAAUAAAUAGUAAGGCAGUGUGUUAUAGAAACUAUAUAGCCAGGUUAAGUAAUGUUACAGUGUUUUUUUCUUGAAAAGCAGCUUGGAACUACUUGCUUCUGUGCUGCUUUCUAGGUAUUUUGCAGCCAGUUAGCUUUUUAUUAAGAAUUUCUGUGUUUAUUGGUGUGAUGUAUCUACAUGGAGUGUUAAUUUUUUUGGUUGUCUGGAACUGGAAGCUUGAAGUUGUGAACUUUUCUGUGCUUUUGAAUACAACCUUAGUACCAUUAUUAGAAGAA